AUGCAAAACCAUUGCAAGUUAAUCCUGUUGCUUUGCCAGAGAAGAGUGGCGACAGGAGAAGUUUUUACAACAACCGGAGUGGACUUGGCAGGACCGCUGUUUUUGAAGAACAAGUCAAAAGUGUGGAUAGUUUUAUACACUUGUGCCGUGUACCGCUGUGUCGUUUUGGAUCUGGUGGAGUCACUCAGUACCGAAGCCUUCAUCAACUCACUGGAGAGAUUUGUGAGUAUGUAUGGACGUCCCAAUACCAUCUACUCGGACAAUGGGACAAACUUUGUGGGCGCUGAUAACCUGUUCAAGAAACUGGACUGGAUGAAAAUUGAAGCGGCGACCCAAGUGAAGCAGAUUCAGUGGAUUUUUAACCCACCCACUGCUGCGUGGUGGGGAGGAUGGUUUGAGCGCAUGGUCAAGUCUGUCAAGGACCUGCUCAAAAGAAUGUUGGGGAGAGCCUCAUUGACGAGAGACGAGUUGGCGACUUGUUUAUGUUCAGUCGCGGCCACGAUCAAUGAGCGACCACUUACUGCAGCGACUGAAGACAUUGAUGAUCUCGUUGCACUGACUCCAGCAAUGUUCCUCAAGGGUACGAAGAUGACAAGAUUCCCGGAAGUGGAGAAAGUCACUGGGAAAGAAUUGCAAGCCCGUUACAAGCAUGUGAAGAAGCUGCAACAGGACUUACAAGCAAGAUUUCGGAAGGAGUAUCUAGCUGAACUCGUGCAGAAAGCUAGUGAAAAGAAGACUCCUGACCCCGUCGUUGGUGAUGUCGUACUGGUCCAAGUGGAUAAUAAGAAAAGAGUUGAAUGGCCACUCGGACGCAUCAUCCAGCUAAAUCCAGGAAAGGAUGGUGAACCAAGAUCUGCCGUAGUGAAGACUGCAAAGGGAGUCCUCCGAAGACCGCUGCAGAGACUUUACCCUUUGGAAAUUCCGUCAGGUGACAGAGAGAUGUCCAAACCGGAAGAAGAACGCCAAGUCCAAGACUUUGAAGAAGAAGACACGGAUGAUGAUACCGUUUUGCAAGAGUCAAAUGAAGAUCUCGUGGAUGAAGCGUUGCCAGAAGUAAUCACCAGAGCAGGACGCAAGAUAAAGAAGCCUGAUCGUCUGGGAGUUUUGCAAAGAGUGUUAAUACAUGAUGAUAGCAUUAGUAAUUAG